AUGUCACAUUCCAGAGUGAUUCACUAUGCCACCAGCAUCCUGUGCUCCAAUAAAGGAUCUAUGGAUUUUCUGCAGCUGCAGAGAAAGGUUUUCCAGCGUUUUGAGAUUACCGAAGACGGUCUCUGGUACAUUGUAAGAAGAUGCUCACGGUUUGCCGUGGUGAAGAACACAAGCGACCGGGCAUCCGAAGAGUGCAGUUCCACUUACACGAUCGUUGCCAAAACGUCCCUUCGGAUCUGCAAAAAAUACACAAAAUACGACUGCUCCGCCUGCCAAGACCUCCAUCUCUGCAAAUAUUUCGUUUAUGGAAACUGUAGAUAUGGGAAAGGAAGGAGGCAGUGCAAGUUCUCUCACGAUGUCAGAUCAGAGCACAACUACCCGCUCCUGAGGGAGUGUACCUUACACGAGCUCCAGGAAGAGGACCUUUUCCUGCUACUACUGCAGAGCGACCCGACGCUGCUCCCGGAGGUCUGCUCGCAUUACAACAAGGGGGCGGAGCCGUACGGGGUCUGCACCUUCAAAGCCAGCUGCACCAAGCUGCACUUGUGCCAGCACUUCAUCCAGGAUGACUGCAUGUUCGGCCGCAGGUGCAAGAGGCUGCACGCGAUCGACGAGUGCGGCCGCAGGAUGCUGGAGGAACGGGGUCUGAGUGGGGACGUCGUCCGCGACCUGCCCGACAUCUACCGGAACCUGCACCGGCUGGCCGCGCUACCUGACCCGAGCAGAGAGGGAAUUGCGGAGCUGGCUGCAAGGCCUCAAAGUGAAGAAAGGACUGAAAUAUGUCUGCAUUUCAUACGCGGGAACUGCAGGUUUCAAGACCAGUGCAUCCGUGUCCACUUCAACCUGCCCUACAAGUGGGAGGUGUUUGAUGGGGAGUGCUGGAGAGAUUUGAGGCACAUGGAGGAUAUUGAGAGGGCCUACUGUGACCCUCGAAACACACACAGCCCCGGGUACAGGCCCGUGGACUUCCUGACCAUGACCCGGGACUCCGCCCCCGUCCGCCGCCUCUCCACGGCCUCCUCUGUCACCAAGCCCCCCCGCUACAUCCUCACCACUGAGUGGCUCUGGUACUACAAGGGCGACCAAGAGAGCUGGUUUGAGUAUGGCAGGCCGGAUGAUAAGCAGCGUGCGACGUCCUUCUCUUCGAGAGAGCUGGAGGCAGCUUUCACGGCAAACAGCAAUGCAGAGGUCAGCAUUACGAAGGGCCACCGGCAGUGGGAGUGUAAUCUUUCUGUUUUCUCCAUUGAUGUAGACAUGUAUCAGCGCAACCCGAAACACAACACAAAGAGGAAAGUGAGGAGACGGCCCCGAUUCGUGUCCAUAUCAGAGGUGGAGGAUAAGAUCGCACAGUAA